AUGAAGGUGUAUAUUUUCAUCCAGCUCCUUAUAAUAAUCUCAUGGUUGUCGAAGAAGGUUACUUCAUUUCCUCCUGAAUCUAGAGCACUCGAUCGUCAUGAUUUUCCGGAUAAUUUUGUUUUUGGAACAGCUGCAUCGGCGUUUCAGUAUGAAGGUGCAACAAGUGAAGGUGGGAAGUCUCCAACUAUAUGGGAUUACUUCAGCCACACUUUUCCAGAGAGAACCAGUAUGCAAAAUGCAGAUGUAGCGGUCGACUUUUAUCAUCGCUAUAAGGAUGACAUCAAAUUGAUGAAAGACUUAAAUAUGGACGCUUUCAGAUUUUCCAUUUCAUGGGCUAGAUUAAUACCGAGUGGAAAAGUAAAAGAUGGAGUAAACAAAGAGGGUGUACAGUUCUAUAAGGCUCUCAUCGACGAGCUUGUAGCUAACGGUAUUCAACCAUCGAUAACACUCUACCAUUGGGACCAUCCUCAAGCACUUGAGGACGAGUAUGGUGGUUUUUUAAGCCCUCAAAUAGUAGAAGAUUUUCGAGAUUUUUCGAGAGUAUGUUUCGAGGAAUUCGGAGACAAAGUUAAGAUGUGGACUACUAUAAAUGAACCUUAUGUCAUAACUGUUGCGGGCUAUGAUACGGGAAACAAAGCGGUCGGACGAUGCUCUAAAUGGGUCAAUAGUAAGUGUCAAGCCGGCGAUUCAGCCACUGAGCCUUACAUUGCAUCGCAUCACCUUCUUCUUGCUCAUGCCGCAGCUGUCCAAGAGUUCCGAAAAUGUAACAAGACUUCACAAGACGGUCAGAUUGGGAUAGUGGUGUCGCCUUUGUGGUUUGAGCCUUAUGACUCUAGUUCUCCUGCCGAUAAUGAAGCUGUUAAACGAGCUCUUGUCGCUGAACUAGAUUGGCAUUUAGAUCCGGUUAUUCAUGGAGAUUAUCCAGAACUAAUGAAGAAACGAAUCGGAAAUAGAUUACCUUCUUUCACUCGAGAACAGUCUCAAAUGUUGAAAAACUCAUCUGAUUUCAUAGGCAUAAACUACUAUACCGCUCGUUACAUUGCUCAUCUUCCACACGUCGACCAUGCACGACCUCGUUUCGUAACCGAUCAACAGCUGAAAUGGACAGUCACAAAUCAAAGUAAUCACCAAUUCGGACCAGGGGAAGAUCGUGGCAUACUCCAAUCACAUCCAGAAGGUUUACGCAAAGUUCUUAACUACAUUAAAGACAAAUACAAUAAUCCUAUAGUCUAUAUAAAAGAGAACGGAAUUAAUGACUAUGACGACGGCACAAAAUCACGAGAGGAGAUUCUCAAUGACACAUUUAGGAUGAGUUACCAUGCGGACCAUCUCCAACAACUCCACAAAGCUAUAAGAGAGGAUGGAUGUGACGUAAGAGGAUAUUACGUGUGGUCUUUACUAGACAAUUUCGAGUGGGAGCAUGGAUACUCUACUAGAUUUGGUCUGUACUAUGUAGACUACGAAGACAACGAUCUCACUCGGUAUCCCAAAGGUUCGGUCAACUGGUUCAAGCAGUUUCUUCACAGACCGGUCGUAAAGAAUGAAGAAACAGAGGAGGAGAGAGUAUGGGAUGUGGUGUCACGUGAGGAAAGGUAUAAUAAGACUUUCGAUGAUUCAGAAGGUUUCGAGGCAUCCGUUGGUUCGAUUCUUUAUCUCAUGACGAAUGUAUCGAGAAGAGAAGAGGGUGACGAGAGAGAUCGAUGCGCUCUUGGGAAUCCUAGUCAUCAAUUAGGUUUCAUGUUGGGAACAUAUAAUUCUUUGGGAUUAUAGAAUAUGUUUUGUUGAUUAGACCCUAGCUUUCAUUUAAAUUUUUGAGUUAUCGAUGAACAUAGCCGUUGUAGGAAGAUAAUUAUAUUGAAUGGAAAUAAAAAAAACAACUAAUUUUAUA